AUGACUAAUGCCUUUGGAAAAGCGUUGCGGCACUGGGUUUCCCCGAGGUCCGGUCAACUGAACAGAGCUACUGUCUGGACUAGUGUGACGUACUUCCAAACUGAUUCAUUCGAGCAGAUUCAGACACUUGAAACGUGCUCCACGAGUGUGUUUUUCACUGAAGAGGAUUUAGAUUGUCAGCAUGGCAUCUCUCAACCUAUCGGCCAAUGGACCUUCGAUAUCGAAGAGUUAUCAGUCAGUGGUCGAUUAUGCAAUAACGGAUUCUGCAAAGAGUUCUUCAACAUUCGCCAAAUGGGUAUUGUUCUCUGUUUCAACGCCCCUGAGGGAGAGUUGGCUGAUCUCAUCGAUGAAUUCUCCGAGGGAAAAAUUCAAUUCGCUUUUGUCAAGGUCAUCGAUACUAACACAGGCCUGCCGAAAAGUGUCCUCAUUGCAUGGUGUGGGGAAGGUGUGCCCGAGCGGACAAAAGGAUACUUUACUAGCCACUUGUCCACGGUGUCAAAAUUCUUACAUGGAUACCACGUUCAGAUAACAGCUCGCUCAGAAGCCGACUUGACAGUGGAAGGUAUUAUUCAAAAAGUUGGCGAUGCAUCAGGUGCGAAAUAUACACAAGGACUCGAAAAACCGAACGCGUCUGUCCCAAAACCACCAGUAUCCAGCAAGCCGGUCUUUACUCCUCUCCGAACUGGAGGUAUCAAUGUGAACGCAGCCGCCGCCGCUCCACUGCCACUAAGAGCGAAGAAAAACGACGACGACGGAUGGGGCCCCGAUGCUCCUCCCGUUACUCGAACCAAUCUAGAGAAAGUCGAGCCGGCUUAUAAACCGACCCGGGUCAACAUACAGGAACUCAAAUCUGAGAAGCAGAACGAGCCAACCGUGAAUCCCAGUCUCACAACAGGCCACCAACCCGAUGGUGUCAUCAAGGGCGGAUAUCAGCCUAUCGGUAAAGUGGAUAUUGCUGCUAUCAGAAGGCAGGCGCGCGAGGCUGGCAACCUAACGGAUGACCGACCAGAGCCCGUCAAAGGCGCAUACCAACCAGUCGGCAAGGUCGAUAUUGCUGCGAUUCGUGCAAGGGCUCAAAAACCUGAUGAGACUGACACAAGUUCGAAGGGAAGUUCCGCCCGACCCGAUGGGUCUUCUGGCCCGACUACAGACCUGGAUUCCACUGAAUCAAGCCGCCUAACAUCCCUGCCUAAGCCUAAGGUCACCAAUAAGUUCGCUAGUAGCACAUCGUUUACCGGCACAAAGCCGCCCCUUCCCGGCGGCAAUGCGUUAAGUGCCACGCCUGUGCCUCCUAUAGGGAGCGCUAGUAGAACCUUUGCCGACCAAGGUGGUAAGACACCUGCGCAGCUCUGGGCAGAAAAAAAGGCGAAAGAGCGCAGCCAGGAACCUGCUGCUGCUGAAGAAUCAACCAAGCCUGCUGUUGCCAACAACGUUCAAAGCCAACUUAGUGGUGUCAGGGAGUGGAAGAGCUCUUACACUGGGAGAACCUGGGCCCCCGUCCAGACUACGCACACGGGAAAGUCUGUUGAAAAUAACCGCACUGAGGUUGCAGGCUCUUUUGCUACCGGGAUGCCUACUCCAGAGGCUAUUACGGCACAGCAAAGCGAGGCCACAAGCUCCGCAGCCACCUGUCCUGCAGACCCAAAUACCUGA